AUGGGAGGCCACUUUGUGCUGCUGGUUGACCGCCUGCUGACUGAGUCGAGCCUGGCAGCGGCAAUUCAGAGUGGAAGCCAGCCCAUGAUACCUGGGCCAAUGGUGGCUGGGGGCAUAGUGCAGCGGCGUGAGCCAGAUUGCUUUCCCCAGAAGAGAAAUCUCGACGAUGAGAUGCAGGCCCUAAAGAUGUCGGAGUGCCGAAUUUGCCAGGAAGAGGACCUGGAAUUCAACAUGGAGGUCCCCUGCUCCUGCAGCGGUAGCUUGAAGGUAACCAAGCUUGGCCUUGACUUGGGGCUGCGAUGAUGACACCACUCUUUCCGUGAUUAUUCGCAUCAUCUCAGUUCUUAAUUGUGAUUCUUUCAGUGCUAGUCGACUCUGAUUAGCUGGGUUUCCGUUGAAAAAUCUUUUAAAAAUAAGGUGAAAAUUUAGAUGACUUAAUCAGCCGUUUAUUUCAGUUAAAAAAAAGCAUGUUCUUUUGAAGAAAACAUGAACACCUUGUGAGCAUAAUCUUCAAUUGAACUUCAGCUUCUCCGAGAUCUUCUUGGAUCUGAACCCCAAAGACCAUCCCUUUACUUCUCUUCAUUGGUUGAGAAUCUCUACCCUGUUCGUACUUUUAUUUAUUUAUUUACUCACUUAUUGUUUAUUGGGUUGAAGUAUGCACAUCGCAAGUGCAUCCAGAGGUGGUGUGAUGAGAAAGGGGACACAGUCUGUGAGAUCUGCCUUCAGGUGAGCAUUCAGUUCUCCAAAGAACACAUACGAUCGAUAUGUUUCUAUGAGAUGGCAUUGAGCUCGGUUGUUUCCGCCUCCUGGGUUCCAGCAAUUCAAGCCGGACUACACUGCUCCUCCCAAGUUGCUUCACUAUGGGUCCAUGCCCAUGGCCUUCAGGUACUUCCCAUUCCUAGAAUGUGUAAAGAUGGAAAGGUUUGUAAAUUUCUCAAGAGGAAAUAUUGACCAUCGAUCCGUGCCCAGAGGAAAUUGGGGGGUUUCUAGGCAAAGCCUGCACAGCCCUCAUUUCAUUCCAGUGGUUGCGGCUGACCAGGAUUUUGUGGGCACUGACUAUGAUGAUUAUCCCACCUCAAACACUAGGAGCAUUAUAUUCUGUCGAUCAGUAGCCGUAAUUGUGAGUUGUUUCAUCUGACCUUCCUUCUCGUUGAAACCUAAUUUAAUCCAGAAAUUUGUCGCAUUUCUAUGAUAAUCUGAUUUGUGAUGUAUGGCCGGUCUGUAUCCUAUUCAGCUCACUGUUCUUCUGGUUGUGAGCCACACACUCCCCAUUAUUAUGAGUUUCGGAGGUGAAUGGUGGUAUUCGAUUGCAGAGUUCUUGGUGAGAUCCGGUUAUGGAUUUCAUUUUUUAUGAUUUGUUUUUUCUUUGUAAUUUUUGAUUAACUGUGGGCUUUUUUUGUAGUUAUUCGUGGUAAAAACUGCUGGGAUACUUCUGCCUGUCAUCAUAAUGGCCAGGGCACUGUUCAUCUUACAUCGCCGCCACUGCCAACAGGUUCUUCUCUAAACACAUAUUUUUUGGCGUUUUCCUUCUCUCUGAUUUUUCUUUUUCUUGAUUUUUAUAUUCUAUGAGAUUUAUCUAUUUUCUGCUAAUGUACUCUUGGAACAAUCUAUUGAUGAAAAUUUCCCAAUUUAUUUAUUUCUUCCUCUCAAAACUCGUUUUGUGCUGAUAAUUUUCAUGAUUUCUCUUCUCUCCUCUGAGUUAAUUUUGUGCCAAUAAUGUGCACUUCUAAGGAUCUAUUGAUGGGGGAGUUUCGUCGAUUAAUCUUCUAUUCUUUUCUUACCGUUUCUGAACUGAUAUUGCGCACUCUGAAGAUCUGUCAAGGGAUUUUGUUCCUAAUUUAUUCUUCUCUGAGCUAGUUUUUUGCUGAUAAUGUGCACUCCAAAGAUCCCUUGAUGGUCCUUUUCCCUAUUUAUUUUUCUGAUUUUCCAACUCCCUCCCCCCCUAACAUCUCGCACCUUGUUUUGUGCUGA